CGACGAAAAAAGCAGCAGAAUGUUGCACGGGCGGGCCCAACAGCUUCUAAUUUUCGUGGCCUCCGCUGCGGCCACCUUCGGAGCUGUUACACUGGCUGUGUUGCUCAUACGCAAGAUUGGCGCCCACAUUUCCGGCGACGUACUGCUCGUCGACCCCAAUGCCCGGUACACGGUGCGGCUUGAGCGCAGGAUCACCGUCACCCACAACGUUCGCCUACUACGCUUCUCCCUGCGGAGCCGCUACCAGAGACUCGGAAUUUACGUCGGUCAGCACAUCCUUGUCAGCGCGAGCAUUCACGGCUGCCCGGUAACGAGACAUUACACUCCCGUAACCCGGUGUGACCAGACGGGCCACUUCGACAUCAUGGUCAAGGUGUACCGCACGGGCGAGUCGGACGAACACCCCGAAGGAGGCCUCAUGUCCCAAUUCCUCGAUACGAUGCGCCGAGGGGAGAGAUUGACGAUUCAGGGCCCACGAGGCACCUUUAUUUACGAAGGCCAGGGGCAUUUCGUGACGGUCGACGGAAGCCGACUGCCGCAAGCUUCCUGGAUGGGGCUGGUCGCAGCGGGAAGUGGCGUCACGCCCAUGUUGCAGCUUCUGCGUCACGCGCUUGUCGAUGAGAAAGACGAAACCAAAAUCAAAAUGAUCGACGUGAACAGAACCGAGGACGAUAUCAUCGCGCGUCGGGAGCUUGAUCAGUACGCCAAGGUGCAUGCAGAGCGGUUCAGCCUCUGUCACGUACUGAGCAAGCCUCCAGCGGGUGAGGGUGCCAUUGGGUUCGUGGCGGGUCCGCUGACCUCUGGCAUCAUGGCCGAGUACCUUCCUUCCACCCAACAACGAUACCCUGGUGCUCUUGUGUGGACCGAGUCACUUCGUGAGCGAUCUGUGCAAGCCGGCACUCAGCACCAUUGGACACAAGCCUCAGAGGGUGCUGUGCUACUGAGUGGCAUCCUCAAUAGGAUCGAAGAAGUGUAUAAAUCUAUUAACCUCUAA